CGGGCUCGGGGCAGCUGCGCCGAGCGGGAGAGCCGCACAGUCAGAGCCCAGCGGGGCCUGCAGGAACCUCUCGCCGCCAUGCCCGCCGACGGGGAGAUGCUGAGCGCCGCCGCCGCCCGCCCGGAGCCCGGCGAGCAGCAGUACCUGCAGCAGGUGCGGCACAUCCUGCAGCACGGCCACCGGCGGGACGAUCGCACCGGCACCGGCACCAUCUCCGUGUUCGGCAUGCAGGCGCGCUACAGCCUCCGAGAUCAGUUUCCACUGCUCACAACGAAGAGAGUGUUCUGGAAGGGAGUGCUGGAGGAGCUGCUGUGGUUCAUCAAGGGUUCUACAAAUGCCAAAGAGCUCUCUGCAAGAGGUGUGAAGAUUUGGGAUGCUAAUGGGUCACGUGAGUUCCUGGAUAAGCAGGGUUUCAGCACCAGAGAGGAAGGUGAUUUAGGACCAGUGUAUGGUUUCCAGUGGAGGCAUUUUGGAGCAGAAUACAAAGAUAUGCACACAGAUUACUCCAACCAAGGAGUUGAUCAGUUGCAAAAAGUGAUUGAAACGAUCAAAACCAAUCCAGAUGACAGAAGAAUUAUUAUGUGUGCUUGGAAUCCUAAAGAUAUUUCCCUGAUGGCUUUGCCUCCGUGCCAUGCCCUUUGCCAGUUCUAUGUUCUAAAUGGUGAAUUGUCUUGCCAACUCUAUCAGAGGUCUGGAGACAUGGGACUAGGAGUGCCUUUCAAUAUUGCCAGCUAUUCUCUGCUCACGUACAUGAUUGCCCAUGUCACAGGGCUGAAGCCUGGAGAGUUCAUACACACCUUAGGGGAUGCUCACGUAUAUCUGAACCAUGUGGAGCCUCUAAAAAUUCAACUUCAGAGGGAGCCAAGACCUUUCCCUAGACUCAGAAUUCUUCGUGACAUUAAAGACAUCAGUGACUUUAAGGCAGAAGAUUUUCAGAUUGAAGGUUAUAAUCCUCAUCCACCUAUUAAAAUGGAGAUGGCAGUCUAAUGCUAUAAACCAACGUUAAAUAUUAAUGUGGAAAYGCACCUAAGCUACUUAGUUUCUCUAAUGUGGUGAGGGUUUUACAUAUUUCAAAAGAUAUCUGCUUUAUUCAUAUGACGAAUAAAAGUUCAAAAGGAAUAGGUACUUGCAGACCAGAACUGCCUUUAGUCGUACAGGAYAGCUGAUUAUUCCUGAUGUCCUAUGCAGAUGUUAACACAGUUUUAAGUUGUUAGUGAGCUGCUUUUCUACUUGUUGUUUCAGUUACCAGUGGCCAUUUCUAAAGAGUGUAUGUUUAAUAAAGCUUUUUUUAAAAAACCUUCUGGAGGGGAUGAUGCUUAUUUAAUUUUGGUGUGGUUUGUUACAGUUAGUAUUAAAAAAGAGUUGGAAAGCAAAGUGUCWUGGAGGGUAAGAUCUGGCAAGGAAAAACAAACUCAAACUUGCCAUGAUCUUCACAGAUGAACAAUCAGGAAGAAAAAAAUAUUUUAUUGUAACAUUGCUGCGUAUUGUCUCUGUAGCAGCAAUUUUUUUAAUUCCC